AUGCUUGCAGCCAGUGUGAAGAUGCCCAUUGCAUUCCCUGUCCACUCUGGCUCUCGAUCGCGCGCCGGCUCGGAAAGCAACCUCGUCCAGCCCCAGCCUCGGCCCAGUGAUAAACGCUCUUCGAAUGAUGCGAGCGCCAGCAUAACAGGUCAGGACGAUCAGUGCGACAUGGGCGCGGUCAGGAGGGAUCGCUCUGGCUCCUCUGCCAUUGAAGCGCCCACAUCCGAGUACAACGAGAAGACGCCACUGCUUGAGCAGCCCCCCGCCGCCCCAUACGAAGAGGCAAACCCGCGCAGGAGAUGGCUCUUUCCAAAGCGCGUAUCGGCGGGCGUCAUGAGCGCAGUCGCGGACUUUGACGCGAUCGCGAAGGAAGAAAGUCGUCAACCAUGCUUCGCGGACGUCCAAAUCGCCUGGCAGCAUUGGAAACGAGAAGCGGAAGAGCAGGGGCUCAAUAUCCGGAACAACAGCCGAGAUAAGGAAGACAUCAAGACGCUCCCUGUCUAUUGCAUCUACAUCGACGGCAAUGACAUCCGACUCGGAGAGCGAACGGCCGCCCACGCGCGACGGACAUCAAAUGCGUCAUCGGGAGGAGACGAAAUUGCCCCUGCAAAGCGAUCCAUACGAAUCAAGCUGCACAACGAGGAUGCGCUGAGACAGCGGAAAGCAGCAAAGAAGGCACAGGUCACCAAAAGCAAUUCUGGUCACGUCUCGCCUGAGGAGGCUGCGGCGGCUCUGAAGUCUCCCACUGGCCCGGUGACUGCAGCCUCGAAACAAAUGACCAAAUUCCCACGCGCACCUCAGCCCCCGCGACCCUUGGUGCCGCGGCGUCAGCCGUCUUAUUCUGGCCAAGGUACGUCUGCUGUAGGCCCGCACCAGAAGACGUUGAUCAUUGAUCUCGAUGAGACAUUGAUCCAUAGCAUGUCCAAGGGUGGACGGUUCCAGACGGGCCGCAUGGUGGAGGUCAAGCUCCAGGCGUCGGUCGGUGCUGGAGGACAAAUUAUUGGACCGCAGGUGCCAAUUCUGUAUUAUGUUCACAAGCGCCCAUAUUGCGAUGAUUUCCUGAAGAAGGUUAGUAAAUGGUACAAUCUUGUAAUCUUCACUGCUUCCGUACAAGAGUAUGCCGACCCUGUUAUCGACUGGCUUGAGGUCGAGCGCAAGUACUUCGUGGGGAGGUACUAUCGGCAACACUGCACGUUCCGCAACGGGGCUUACAUCAAAGACCUCGCUCAAGUCGAGCCUGAUCUGAGCAAAGUCAUGAUACUAGAUAACAGCCCCUUGAGCUACAUUUUCCAUCCAGACAAUGCCAUUCCCAUCGAAGGCUGGAUUAGCGACCCUACAGAUUAUGAGCUGCUGCAUCUCAUUCCACUUCUCGAAGGCCUUCAGUAUGUCGCGGACGUCCGCGCGUUGCUGGCAUUGCGGCUAGGUAUGCCGCCAUCGUAAAGGAUUAGCUAUCCUGGGAUGCAUUCUCCUGUAACUUGAUCCUAACCUUCGUUGUAUUAUAGUUGUUGGUUAGCCGAGCAGUUGGCUAGAGCCGUUGAAGUGAAGAUACCCAAGAAGUUUGUUCCUUGACACA